AUGAGCAUCGCGGCUUGGUGGCGCGCGGCGGCUGCCCGCUGCCUACCGGCCCCCGACGGGGUGUCUGUCAGCCGUGCAGAGCUGGUGGCCAAGGUGAAGGUCAUGCGUGCAAAGAGGGCGGCUGAGGCUGCCGCCGCGCUCCCGGCGGCCAGCGUGGACGCAGCAAUUCAGGACAAUCUCAUGGGCGCCGACGCGAGCAAGCCGAGGGUGAGUCCGGAGCAAGAGGCUCAGUGGCGCGAGCUCCGCGGGCACGAGCUCGAGCCCGCCCUGGAGAGCGGCGCCAUCGCCAUGCUGGACGGCCGCUGGCUGGUGGCCUGCGCAGAGCGGGGCGAGAGGAUCCGGCGCCGCCAGGACCUGCCGCCCGAGGCCUUCAUCUCGCUCGAGGAGCUGAAGGUCGCGUGUCCCGAAUACGGGCCCCUGCCCAUCAUCUGCCUGUCCUACGCCUGGCUGCACCCAGACCACCCGGACCCCAAGGGCGCGCAGUUGGCCGUCGUGGCGCGCGCCCUCAAGGCGAUGCUCUCCGAGGGGCGCUGGGGAAUUUUCUGGGACUACGGCUCACUUCUGCAACACGAGCGCACGGAGGCGGAGACCGAACUCUUCAAGCAGGGGCUGGGCUUCCUGGGCUCGUUCUACUCCCACCCCCAGACCACCGUCUUCCGGCUGACCACCUUCCCGGCGGGCUACCCCGAGGGCUACGACCUGCCCAGCGCCGCCAACGUGGCCGCCUACCCCGACCGCGGGUGGUGCUUCACCGAGUCGAGCUGGGCGACCAUGACCAAGGGCUCCCACAACUCGCUCGACCUCGGCAGGCUCACAGGCGACGAGCGGCGUUACUUCGAUGUCGUCAACUCGUGCCGCACGGGAGGCAGCAGGCCGCCGCCGCUGCUCCCGGAGCGGUUCGCCGAGCGGCUGGAGGAGAAGCGCUUCACCAACGGCAAGGACGACAAGCCGCUGGUCGCCGGGCUGUACAAGCAGGCAUUCGAGGAGGAGUUUGGCAAGGCGGAGGGGCUUCGCUACCGUAACUUGGGAUGGGGCGACGCGGAGGCGAUCCAGAUCUCCGAGCUGCUGGCGAGCGGCGCCGCGCCAAAGCUCUGGCGGCUGGAGCUCAACGGCAAUCAGAUCGGCGACGAGGGCAUGAAGGCGCUCGCGGACGCCAUCGCCGGCGGGGCGGCGCCGGCGCUGCGGGUGCUGUCCCUCGGCGGCAACAAGGCCUCCCAGGCCGCAAAGGACGCCAUCACGUCCGCGGCCGACGAGCGGUCGAUCUACUGCAUCAUGUAA